AUGUCGCAAGAAACAAUACGAUCAUCAUUAACCGGGGCCGCUCGACCUUCCGCUCAUCCGCGUCUACAUGCCUUGGCCAAACCGUAUUCACGUCCUUCAUCAUUCUCAGGUUUGUCUUCUUCGGCAACGAUGACCGACCUGGCCAAUAUAUCCUCUUCUCUAGGUGGGAAUGAAGGAUGGGACGAAUCACCCACCAAGUCACCCAGUAAGACUACUCGACCUGGAUUAUCAACCUCCUCAAGUUAUGGUAGUUUACCUCGAUCAGGUUCAGAUAGCUCCCUGUUCUCUGGGAUCAAAUCUAUAUUCUCUAGACCAUUGCAGUGGCUAGCCACUCCUGCUCGCGCUAGUGGAAGUGGGAACGGAAGAGAUUCGUAUAGCUCGUUUGGUCAUGAUUUGGAAGAUCAGUCCUUUAGUCAAUCACCUUCGGUGAAAAGGUCUAGAAGAGGCUCACCUUCACCUGAAAAGCAAAGAGCUAAGAGACGUAAAGAGAAUGGUACUGCUACUGCUGCUACUACCACCGCUACUAGCAACGAAUACGAACCUGAACAACAAAUACCACCGUUCGAACUUCAUGGUAGAGCAGUCUCAGGAUUCAUGCUACCACCACUAUCACCCAAUGUCACUCUGAAACCCAAAUCUCACUUACCUAUACCUCAACAUGUCACCAACAAUACUCGCACAAACUUCUCUAGACCAUUGGGAAGCAGUUCGUCAUCAGGAUUAUCAAGUUCCAAAUCGAUGUCGUAUCUGGAUCCACCUACUGAUGUGUUGGGAGCCUCUUCGCCCAGAAAGGCAGGUGGGAUGCUGACUAGAUCAAAGAGGGUCGAGUUGAGUUCUCUGGUAGAUGAUCGUGAUCGUGAUGAGAUGGAAGUUGAAUCUUCGAGUCAAGGGAAUGAUGGUGGAAAGACUUGGAGUCCUUGGAAAUCACGUUAUUCGACUGCCGGAGGAGCUGCCUCCUCUGCCGCCAAUGUUAGACCCACCACACCAAGUAGGAAUACUCCAAGUAGACUCGGUUCCAGAGAUUUCAAACUCCCCUCUGCAUCACCGUUCAAACCACCUCCAUCACCCUUACAUGGUCAAUCGCCUCAUAUAAGCAAUGCCGCAGCUUCAACUUCCGGUCUUACAAGAUCCGCUACCACAGCCAACAUCCGCAGAGCCGCUAGUGUAGCUUCUGAUGUCAGCAUGGGUGGGGGUUUGACUAGAUCGGGCAGUGUAAGGGGUUUAAGGCAAUCGGGAAGCAUGCUAUUUGGUAGUGUCAAUGGAGAUAGGGAGAGGGAUAGGGAAGAUGAUAGGAUGAGUGUGGAUGGGGAACAUAGACAGAGGGAAGGAAGUGUGUUGGAUUGGUUCAUGAAAGAUCGCUGGGAUGGGACUGCUCGACCUGGCUCUCCCGCUUCUAUCGCUGCUUCCAGACGACUGGGCUCAGCUGGACCUUCUCUAUCCCAUCCACCAAUCAGGAAAGGUCAGCUGGUAUGGCACGAAGAAGAAAAAGCUUUCGUCCGCGAGAGUGACCUCCGAGCUGCUCAGGCUCCACCAGCAAUACAUAAAUCUGAAGCCGAGAGGAUAUUGUAUACACUCGAAUCAAUGAGGAAGACUCCCCUGACUGAUGCUCGGAAAGGCGAAUUACCUCCUGUGACCAUUGGCCAAUCGUCAAGAACGAUGAGAAAGACAAUAAAUGUACCCCUUGCGACGGCUGCUGCUGGAGACAGCGCGAAGCAGAGGAGAGAUAAAGACAGACUGGGUGGGGAUGAUAGAGUUUCGAUGAUGAUCAGUCCGUAUGGAAGGAGAAAGGUCGCGGAUCAACAGGCUAGAGAGGAAAGGAGGUCUAGGAUGGCUGAAGAUAGAGACUACCGACCCUCACCUACGCCCACUGCUUCAGACGUCCAGAGUCAAGCUUCAGAUGUGGAGAUGGAACCACCCAGCUCACAGAAAUCAGCUUCGCCUGCCCCUCCCCCAACCCCUCGUCGCUCAUCCAGAUUAAAGAGAACCACGGGUACCGAUGAAGACGUUCCCACGCCCAAGGCUAGCAGGAAACCAAAGCGUGGUGCAUCGAAACAACCUGAGCCUGCACAGGAAGAAGAGCAACCUCAACCUACACCUAGAGGAAGGAGGACGAGGAAGACGACGGUCGACAGAGGAACUUCACCCUCCCCUCCUCCGCCUGUCCCUACCAUCACUGCUACAGCUCCUUCUCCAGGUGGACCAGCCAACACCUCGACACAGACAGUGUCUUCGUCGGGUUACCAACCUUUAGCCGAUGGCGAGAGAUCGAGAGGAGGUUCUUCCCUACGAGCACGGUCAGAUGUCACAAAACGUACUCAUGUCGGAGCAGCCAGCUACUCUCGAUCGGCUACACCUUCCUCUGGACGAUUUUCAGCUAAAGAAGAAGAUUUACCAGAUAUGGACGAGUUGGAACAAGCCAAGAUACCUUUACCUUCUUUUUCAGGUAUCUCUUUCGCUGGACUCAAUCCUACACCGCCUGCGACAUCGAAUGGCUCAUCGACAUCUGUGACCAAUCCAGACGUUCCGAGCGCUCCUUCACAGUCUACUACUGCUCCGUCCUCUUCUCUGAACGUUCCUCCACCUGGUCGAAGGCCGGGUGGUCCGCUCGCUCGAGUCGGCCUCUCCUCCACAAGGCCAAGAGCAUCGUCACCUCUUGCAGGAGGAUCCAUAGUUGCUCAACCCGAAUCACCUGAGUCGGCAUCAAAAGCUGCCAAACCGGCUGAGCCUGCUCAAGCACCUGCGAAUGGUUUCUUCACUCUGAAAGGAUCCACACCGACAGUCCCAGCAGCCGGGUCAACGACUCCUCUGGGUAAACCGCCAGCCUCGUCUUUCUUCUCUGUGCCAAGUACUGGUGCGACGAACGGGGAAUCGAGUAAAGAUAAAUCGUUCUCGUUUGGUUUAGGUAAACCUCCUGCUGAGACGGAAAAACCCUCAGAAACAACAUCGGGAUCAGGUAUACCUGAUUUCUUUGGUAAAAAGUCUGCGCCCCCAUCUGGAACUGCUACGCCAACAUCUGUCCCAGCAUUCGAUUUUGGUCUAUCUAAGAAAGCAGCCGAAGAACCUAAAGCCCCACCAGCUCAAUUGCCUCCUGCCACGUUCAGUUUUGGUAAACCCGCUGAGACCGCUACUCCUCCUGCGACUAACGGUGGAGGAUUCAGCUUUGGUGUGCCAAAGGAAGCAGAGAAGAAGAAUGGUCCGACUCCCUCUUUCUCGUUUGGAUCGAGCAAACCUGCCGAAGCACCUAAACCUGCCUUUUCAUUUGGAUCUUCCGACAAGCCUGCCGAACCUGCGAAAUCCACAUUCAGCUUCGGAGCUCCUGCUACAACUUCUGCCCAACCCGCUAAACCCACUUUUUCGUUUGGUAAUCCAUCCACUUCAACUGCCGCAGAGAAGCCCGCUGAAACUGCUAAAAACUCUUUCUCAUUCGGUACCCCGUCGACAACGGAUAGUCCAAAGGCUGCUGAGCCUGCCAAACCUUCUUUCUCGUUUGGCUCAUCAAGUGCAACCACUUCCAAACUUGCUGAAGCUACUAAACCAGCUUUCAGUUUCGGAGCUACUUCGACAACGCCUGCAUCAACUCCUCCACCCUUCGGUGCUGCUGCUAGUACCAAUGGUACAUCGUCGACGGCGCCUGCUCCUGGUGGUUUCUCAUUUGGAAAGCCUACUGAAAAGAAGGAUACCGCGCCAAGCAAUCCAUUCGGCGGUAGUGCCCCUGCUGGUGGGUCAGGCUCUACUGGCACGGGUUUCACCUUUGGUGCCUCAGGAAGUACGAGCACAACGACGCCCUUUGGUGAAAACAAGGCGAAUGGUGAUACUGCCAAGUCCAACCCUUUCGGAGGUGCCAGUACUACACCUGCUCCAGCUUCUGCAGGAUUCGCUUUUGGCGCUUCAUCAUCUUCUACGAAACCUAAUGAGUCUACUUCGGGAUUCGGUUCAUCAGCACCUGCGGCAGCUUCACCUUCCAAUCCCUUUGGUUUUGGCUCAUCAGCUUCAGCUACCACUUCUCCAGCUCUAGCACCAACAUCUAAUCCGUUCGGACAACCUGCUCAGACUGCCAGUAGUCCCGCGACCACCUCUACACCGUCGUUCACCUUUGGACAGUCCUCGUCUACACCGGCAACUUCAUCAGGCUUCGGUACUUCGGCUCCUGCUCCUGCCUCUACAGUUGCAUCCAAUCCAUUUGGCCAACAACCCUCAUCUGCCGGAUCGGGUGGAUUCAAUUUUGCCUUUGGUGCUGGUGCCAGUGGAAGUACAUCCAGCCCUGCACCUGCCCCUGCUUCAGGUGGAUUUACUUUCGGUCAACCUUCCACUACACCUUCGACGCCUACCGCGACAAAUAGUACAUUCACUUUUGGUAAUCCUGCACCGACUACCCCUGGUGCUACAUCCCAAUCAUCGUUCGCAUUCGGUACAGGCGGAGGUGCACCUCAAUCAACCACACCUGCUGCUCCUCCCGCCUCAGGAGGAUUCUCAUUCGGUGCGCCCCCUGCCAAUCAAGCGACCGCACCUCGAUUCGGUAGUCCUGCGCCCGGGCCCGCUGACGGAGGUUUCAGUCUAGGUGCGAGCGAUGGGGGUGUACCGGGAAGUCCUGGCGGGAGAAAAGUAAAAGGAUUGCCUAAUAGAAGAGGGGGCGUCAAGCGAUAA